ACAAUCUGUGGAAUGACCAAGCCCUAGAGAUAGACCCAGACCUCCCCCCAGGCUGGAGAAUGAUCCGGGACACAAGCGGGACAUACUAUUGGCAUGUACCAACUGGCACUACUCAAUGGCAGCACCCAGCAUGCACAUCCGAUGUCAGCCUGGACUCUGGGAAGUUGUCGACUGCCCUGUCACCAACCCUGGAGCACGAGGCUGUUACUCCAGGAGCUGCUGCAGUACACCAUCUGCCUCGGGGAGGGAAGUUCGAGAGCUCAAUGCCAGCUUCUUCAUCGAUAAACCUGAGAACGGAACUCCCUUGGCAAGACAGCAGCCUCCAGCCCAGCACCAAUCCAGAUUCCAAGUGUUUCGCAGUGCGGUCCCUGGGAUGGGUGGAGAUACCCGAAGAGGACUUGACUCCAGGGAAAAGCAGCAUUGCUGUGAAUAACUGCAUCCAGCAGCUCUCCUACAGUAAAUCGGAGGGAAGGCAGAGUGGACUAACCUGGGGAGAGGGUCAGGAUAUGGUGAUGGUGCUGAAGAAGGACAUGCUGAGCCUGGUCGAUCCUGUCGAUCACAGUUUGAUUCAUUCCCAACCGAUUAUCAACAUUCGAGUGUGGGGAGUGGGCUGUAACAAUGACAGAGACAGAGACUUUGCCUAUGUUGCCAGUGACAAGGAUACGUGUAUGUUGAAGUGCCACGUUUUUCAUUGCAACACUCCUGCCAAAGCCAUCGCCACUGCCCUUCAUCAGAUGUGCUCCCAGAUCAUGGCAGAGCGAGCAAUUAACAGUGGUUCAUCGAACGUUCCGGGAAUGGAGGACAGCAUCUCCCCAGUGGACCUGCCUCUACAAGUUGACCUCCUGGAGACGGUGAGACAAUCCGUGCAGAGGUUUAAUGUCCAAUACAUUGGCUGCCUCCCUGUGACCAACUCAAUGGGAAUGAAGCUGGUGAACGGAGUGAUAAAGAGUCUGUUGGAUUCAGUGGACAGAUGUGACUGGCCUUCAGUUCUCCUCCAGGUUACAGAUACCACGCUGUCCGUGUCUAAGGGGGAGGAUAGCAGGGAGCCAUGUUGGCAGUGCCGACUCCGGUACCUGACCUUCCUGGGCAUUGGGAAGGACCCGCAUACCUUCGGCCUCAUUGUGGACACAGGUCUCCAGAACUUCGAGUGCCACGUUUUCUGGUGUGAGCCUGAUGCCGGCUACAUCUCUGAGGCCAUUCAGGCCGCUUGUAUGCUACAAUACCAGAAGUGUUUGGUGGCUGCAGCUCCCUCAGUGAGAUCAAAGAGGGCCACCCACUCUCAGUUGCCCCCCUCAGGCCUGAAGAAGCACUUGUCUUCCCCGAUGACUGACAAUGUGGGUCCUGCGCCUGGGCCCCUCCUCUCUGCCCCCAAGUUCACCAGCGGCUCCAAUCUGAAACGUGGCGUCCUGGCCCUGCUGGACACUUUCAAACACAAGCACUCGGUGUUGCAAAUGCCGUAGUGACACAGAGGGAGGUGCUGGGUGGAGCGGGGGAAGGGAGAGGGGGACCCCAAGAAGU